CCCUGGCCCCGUCCCCGCGCAGCUGCUGGCCAGGAGGGCGCAGGGCAGACUGACUGCGGACUGACCAGCUCUGACCUCCCUCCUCGCCAGGGGAUCGGGGUGGGCGUGGCUCGCCCUCUCUCCUUGUCUCCCCCUAGCCAGGGGAUCCCUCUGCCUGUGCACUGCUCCUCCUCCCCCCAGACCCACCCAAUCAGGGCAUAGCCCCUGGGUGUCGCCCUCACCAUGUUCACCCCUUGAUCCUCUUCUUGCCCCCCUUCCAGCCCCCCCAGUGUCAGUGAUGGGGCUUGCUCUGCUGAGAGCUUUCAUGUACAUCUGAGAAAAUAAGGAUACAGAAAGAAGAGGCGAAAUGAACCAUUUCCAGCAGUGGGUCAUAUUCCUGCUCUCCUUGUUUCUGGAGUGUACAGAGGCCAAAAAGCAUUGCUGGUAUUUUGAAGGGUUGUAUCCUACAUAUUAUAUAUGUCGCUCCUAUGAAGAUUGCUGUGGGUCAAGAUGCUGCGUAAGAGCCCUCUCUAUCCAGCGACUCUGGUAUUUUUGGUUCCUUCUCAUGAUGGGCGUUCUGUUCUGCUGCGGAGCUGGUUUCUUCAUCCGAAGGCGGAUGUACCCUCCAUCGCUCGUAGAAGAACCUACUUUUAAUGUAUCCUACACUAGACAACCAGCCAACACUGCAGCAGGAUCACAGCAACCAGGGAUGCCAUACUACACGGAUCCAGGAGGACCUGUGAUGAACCCCAUGGCUAUGGCUUUCCAUGUCCAGCCCAACUCCCCGCAAGGAAAUCCAGUGUACCCACCUCUGCCCUCUUACUGCAACGCACCACCACCUCCAUAUGAGCAGGUGGUGAAAUCCUCCACAUAACAACUCUGCAGCUCUGUUACCUGACUCUGUGAGAAGCAGGUGCCAUUGCAAAGUGACUGGGGUAGAGGGCCUCUGUCCUUCUGAACACUUGCUAAUUCUCUAACUCUCCCUACACACACUCCCCAUUAACAUUACUUGCAAGGGAUGAUUUUUUUUUGUAGUAGGGGGUGAAUUUUCAUUUUGAUGUAUUCAAAACUAAAGCAAGGUCUUUUAAAUGCUUUUAAUGGAAACCUAUAUUUAAAUCCAGUAUGUUUCCCCUUUAUUUAUUGUUUCAAAGGUGUAUAUUAAUGCAUUGUGGCAAAAUACGGUAGCAGCUUUAUGCAACCACAAAGUGAUGCACGCUCUCCUAAAACCCAGUAGACGAAUGUGGUGUUCUACUAGAGUAGAAAGGAGAGAAGGCGUGAGUUGGAGGAAAGAGUCAGGGCAAGAUAUUUAUGAGAAGUGUGACCACCAACCUCAUGGCCUAUGGUUUUCUAGGAAAGCUCUGUUCUGAGACAAAGAAGGGGGACAGGAUGUUAUGGAAGCCAUCGAGCGAGGAAGUCGAGUCAUGGCAGUGGGUUCUGUUUGGAACGAGUCCUGCUUGAGAACUUCACUUCUAUAAAAGGUGUGGGUCCAAGAAAUCUUGAAUGAGCAGGUCUGCAAGGUCUCCACCCGCACCUGGACUCUGAACUUGCCACCUUAAGCCUGGCUCCUCUUCUCCUUCUGACACUUUCUGGAGGGCUUUUGUUGUUGUUGUUGUUUGUUGUUGUUGCUGCCAAGGAUAAGAUUGUAAAAUAUAGUUGAUGACCUGUGUGUGGCAGGGAAAAUGUUAUCAGCUAACAGCUACACAUCUACACUUGUAGAGAAACUACUUAGAAAUAUUUCAAUACACAGAAGAAUUUUCUGCCCUAAAGUUAAAAUGGAAAAAAUGGGAACUUAGGCCCAGAUCCUCAAGGUAUUUGGGCACUGAACUUCCAUCUGGGCCUUGGGUCCCAAUCUUGCUCCCUUUGAAGUCACUGGGAGUUUUGUCAUUGACGUCACUGGGUGAUGAUUGGGUCCUUGUUCCAUACAACGCGUUAGCUCACUGGGUUUGGUUAUGGUCUUAUAGUCAUAGAGAGAGCACAAAAGGGUGUUGUCUUCUCCAAGCAAGAGAUCUGAAAAUCUUCUCUUGAUGUUUUAAGUGCAAUAACUUACUGGGAUAUAUGUUUAAGGGUAGCUUCUGAGCCUAAUGCAUGGACACUUUGGCCAUGCAAUACCACUUGCAGACGAGUCUCUGUGCAUCAUGCUGAAAAUGUCCCCAGUUGUAUUUGCCUCAUACUCCUGGGAGGUUCUUUGAGUGGCAGUGGCUACUACCCAACAUCUUCAAACAAACAAAACCUUUUCUCCUGAGGUGUUAAUGAAUGGUUGUUUUUGCAGACAUUUUCCCACUUAUUUUGAUUGUUUCCAAUUAAAGUGUGGUGUUUGUUAUUGCUGUUUGAACUGAAGAAUCACCUCAACUAUGAGCUCCUGGCACAAGACCUAUAGAAAUAUUUAUUAACUUCCAAUUAGUUACACCGGUGCCAUCCCACUGGAUGCCUGAGAGUGCCAAUGUGUAACUGAAUGCAUACUCCCAAGACAUCUGCAUUGCGGAGAUGUGGUUGAGGGCCUUAUUUAGCCUGCAGAGCCUUAUCACUGGUGAUGAUUUGUGAGAAUUUGGUUCUCAGAGCCCAGGCUGAGUUUGCAGGGCUAACAAUCAGAGACCAACAUCUUUUUGCUUGUAUACUGCACACCUUCAGUACAGAAAAUACCAAGCACCAAAUAAACCUGGGAAUGCCCUGUCCUCUUUUUAGUCCCUUUUCUAAGUGGAACUACCCUUCAAAGGAUCAAAUCCAGUAGUCAUAACUCAGGCAGAAUUACUAUUGAAAAUCGCCACUUGUGUGACAUCUAGGAGAAAAUACUUUCUGCGCCCACUCCAGUACAAUCCUGACACACUCUGGGAGGAAUUGGCCUGAAAUUGCAUUCAUUUGAAUUGUGUUACAUUCACCAAAGCCCAGCCUGGGACUUCAGCUAGAAUCCUUAGGGUCACAGAAACACAUUUCAUAGAGUCCAGUGGAUCAUUUGCAAGCAGCCUUAAGGGGCCAAAUCCCAGUUCAACUGGAGUCAGAGGGAGAUUUGCCAUUGAUUUCAACUGGACCACGAUUUGGCCCAAACGCAAAGAUUAAACUUGUUUAGCAAAUAAAAUAUAAGCAGAGGAUUCCUGCCAGGAGCAGUGGUAGCAUUUCUGUUAGCCUUUGCACUGGAUUUCAUCUUGGCAUGUAACUAUUAGUCUUGCUUUCAAGAAGAAAUAAAUGAAGGGAUAAAGAUGACAUCAGGUUAAAAAUACUGACCUGUAGGGCUGGGCUGUUUUUGCAUUUUCUGAAUACAGUCUUUAAAAGGGCUUGUCUACCCGAACAUUUAGUUUGCGGCAAGCUGAGGCGUGAAUCUAUCCCGUGUUAGCCUGCUGCGUCAAAACUGUCCACGUGGACCCUGCUGACGUGCAGUAACAGUUCCUUAGUACACUUUGAUUACCUGGCUUUGGAACAGGAGUAGGUCAAAGGGCAUUAAGGAGUUGUUAGUGUGCAUCAGUGUGGAGUAGAUUCCCCACCCCCGUUUGCUGUGAAUUAAAUGAUCAAAUAAGCAAAUCCGAAGAGUGUUUCUAAGCCUGCUUACACUGGUAUAAACCAAGAGGAACUCCGCUAAAGUCCAUUCGGUUCCACUGGUAUGAGAUUAGAAUCAGGCCCUGUGUUUCUACUUGCACUUAUAGUAAAGUCCAUAGAAGUUAAAUCAGAUUGUAUCCAACCAUACUGUGUUUUAGAAGUGUUGAAUGUGACAUUCAUAUCCAUUUAUCUUUUUAGGGUAAAAAGAGACACUCGUAUUUACUGAGACUGUAAGAUUUCACAAUACAUGGGAAAGCUCAUUCCUUUCUGUAGUGCUGGGUUUAGUGCCGUAUUCCAACAUGAAGUUUGACCUGAUCUCUUGCUUAUCCCUACAGCCUACUUUGCCGAUUAAAAACCAAUCAAAUUCUAA